GGCCUCAUGGAAGCGAUGGAUCGGAAGAGGUGGGAGUGCUCAGCUCUCCCGCAGGGAUAAAGGGAAGAAGUGACCAGGAAAUCGGGGCUCUCCGCUGGGAAGAGUGAUGUCUAUUAUUAUAGUCCCGACGGGAAGAAAUUCCGGAGCAAGCCGCAGCCAGCUGGCGUUACCCUCGGCAACUCCAUGGACCUGAGCACCUUCGACUUCCGGACGGGGAAGAUGCUCAUGAGCAAAGUGAACAAAAACAGGCAGCGGAUGCGCUACGACUGCUCCAGUCAGGCCAAGGGCAAACCCGACCUGAACACGGCACUCCCCGUCCGGCAGACGGCUUCGAUCUUCAAGCAGCCGGUCACCAAGAUCACCAACCACCCGAGCAAUAAAGUCAAGACGGACCCCCAAAAGGCAGUCCGACCAAACCAGCCAGCCCAGCUCUUCUGGGAGAAGAAGCUCAGCGGCCUCAACGCCUUCGAUAUCGCAGAGGAGCUGGUGAAGACCAUGGACCUCCCAAAAGGUUUGCAAGGCGUGGGGCCAGGCUGCACCGACGAGACCCUCCUCUCGGCCAUUGCCAGCGCCCUGCACACCAGCACCAUGCCCAUCACCGGGCAGCUCUCUGCCGCCGUGGAGAAGAACCCCGGCGUCUGGCUCAACACCUCCCAGCCCCUCUGCAAAGCCUUCAUGGUGACCGAUGAGGACAUCAGGAAACAGGAAGAGCUCGUACAGCAGGUGCGAAAGAGGCUGGAAGAAGCUCUGAUGGCCGACAUGCUCGCUCACGUAGAGGAGAUCGCGAGGGACGGCGAGGCGCCCGAAGAGAAGGCCUUGGGGGACGAAGACGGGGAGGAAGAAGAGGAGGAGGAGGACGUGGAUCACGGGCCGGAGGUGGAGAGCGUAUAGUCCAGGGAGUCCCUCUUGAGAAUCCUAGCCUUUCCUCGCCCCACGAAGGGGCGAGCUUGCCGUCGGACAGCAUCGCACGUCAUCUCCACCGCCACCUGGAGACGCC